AUGUUGAUUGUAUUGAUUGUUCGGUUACUUGCUUAUGUAUUAUUGCAGUUUAAUAAAGUCCUUCUGGGUUGCGGCAUUGGGCUGUAUUUGUCUUGGAUGUCUAGUUCAGGCUUUUUCUGGCAAGUAUAUCAGUUGCUUCUUGAGAAGUCGUUGUUGGAUGUUACGGAUUUGGAAGUGGUGGAGGAGCAUUAUUUGACAUCAGAAUGGAAAGCGCUAAUUUCUUCCAAAUCCGUUUCAUGCAUUUCGGUAAUAGCUACCGUUAUUGCUUGCGGACUCUCUGCUUCUCAUCAGAUAUUAGGCCUCUUGGUGUUUCCUGCACUUUUCAUCGGUUUGGUGGAAGCUACCAAGCGGUUUUGUUAUUAUAUCGUAUCUUCCUAUGCCAGUGUGUCAGCUGAUUUCGAUUCUGUUUCCCAUCGUAUUGUUGCUGCCAUUCGAUCCCGAGAAGUAGCGUUUUUUGGACUGCGGAAGAAAUUUGACAUGAAUCCAACUGUGUGCUUACGUUCGUUCCGGCUUGAACUGUUGAAAGCGCUUCGUUGUGAAGUUCAGUAUCAUGUGCAUAUGACGAGAAAUUUGUGUAGAUAUAAUGAUUCGGAGUUGUUGUGUGAGAUGUUUACGCUCGAAAUGUCGCGAUUGGCCCUAGAAGAUAAUGUAUGCGAAGAGUUUCUUCAGCUAUCUGCCUUGAAGGAGUUAUGGCAGUUAUUGUUUCUUUUACGGAGUGAACAUCUUCGGCUUUUUCUAUUGCAUUUGUCGUGUCCUUCACGCAAAUUGAUACUUAUAUUUUUGGAUCUCUUUCGCGAAACACUGCUUCUACGAAACAGCACGUCCAAGCUUUUAUGUAGCCUUGAAUUUAUCAAUUAUCGUGAUUGCUGUGCAGCAGAGAAGAAAAUACGAAAAAUCUCGCCUUUUUUGUCAACUGCGGAGAAGAUUCUAGCGCACCUCAGUUUUGCUUCAGAAAUUCUAAAUGGAAAUGAAAUACCAGAGGAAGAAAAACUUCUGUAUGUUACUGAAAUCUUAAGAGAAGCUAUUGAACUUUCUGCUCCCAAAACACAUAUAGAACGUGAAGAUAUAAAGCAUUCAAACAUGUCAUCAAACUCUUCAGUAUCGGAAGGUACUGACGAUAACGACUCUGCUGCGGAUGAGUUGCCAGUUGAAAAGUUAUAUGAAGGAUUUUCUCUUGUCUCAGAUGACCAGCAAAAGGAUGUGUUCCUCUCUUCAUGGCAGAAAAGCGAGUCAAAUGAAGCAUUAGCAAGAUCUGUGGUUGUAGAAUUAAAAUCACGUCUUGUUGAGCGAAUAAGAGAAAUGGAUGCAGCUAAAGCAGAAAAAACUGAUUAUAGUCAACAAAUGGCAACAGUUGGUGAAUUGCAAGAAGCAUUAACAGUCGAUGAAAACUGUGAUGCUGAGAAAACUGCUGAUCGGGAGGAUUUUAAUAUUUUUAGUUCAAUUUCAAAAAAUAAUGGUAUAUUUCAGUCGAACAUAAAGUUAGAUUUAAAACAAGCCAUCUCACUCGUAAAAUUAGGACCAAGUGUUGAUUUCAUGGAUGAUCCUGGAAAUGUGUCAUAA